AUGCGACUUCUGGACUGCGACAACGACCGGUUUCAGCUAAUCAAGGCACCAGCUGGUAACAUACCCAGAUAUGCCAUUCUAUCGCACACAUGGGACUCAGAUACCCAAGAGGUCACUUUUAGGGACCUGGUCGACGGCACUGGGAUAGAGAAGACUGGCUACGAUAAGAUCAGGUUUUGCGCUGCGCAAGCAAGACGUGACGGCCUGCGAUACAUAUGGGUGGACACCUGCUGUAUUGACAAAGCAAAUAACACUGAGCUUGCCGAGGCAAUCAAUUCCAUGUUUCGUUGGUAUCAGAACGCAUCUAGAUGCUAUGCCUACUUAUCGGAUAUAUCAGAUGCUGGCCCAACAAAUGAUAGCCAGCAGUCUGAGCUCAUAUGGGAGUCGGCUUUUCGGAAGAGUAGAUGGUUUACCCGGGGCUGGACGCUGCAAGAGCUUCUAGCACCAGCCUCAGUCGAAUUUUUCACAAAGGGUGGCCUGCGGCUUGGUGACAAAAGGACUCUCGAGCGACAAAUUCACGAAAUAACCAAUAUUGCGGUUGAAGCACUUCGGGGAAACGACCUUUCGAUGUUUACCGUUGAGGAACGGUUCAAAUGGGCCGAGACACGGCAGACGACCCUCGAAGAAGAUUGGACCUAUUGUCUACUAGGCAUUUUCGGAGUAUUUAUGCCGCUGAUAUAUGGCGAAGGGAAGACAAACGCAGUUCGUCGACUCAAAAAAGAGAUUGAUGAUGCCACGAGCUACGACGAUGGUCCUAGCAGCCAAGCAGCUAAGAGUUGGACCUGGAUGGUACCAUUUGAACGGAAUUACUCCUUCACCAGCCGCGAGUCCGAUCUAAAAAGACUACACCAGAUGCUUUUCACGGGACAACAUACUGCCAAGGUUGCCAUCUCAGGACUUGGCGGCGUCGGCAAGACACAGUUGGCUCUUGAAUUGGCCUAUCGAAUCAGGGAAGAACAUGACAGUUGCUCGGUCAUAUGGAUUCCCGCAACCAACAGAGAAAGUUUAGAGCAGGCAUACCUCAAUGCUGCCGCAAAGCUGGGAAUGUCCGGAUUUGACAAUGCAAAAACGGACGUGAAGAGGCUUGUGCAGGAUCACCUAAGCAGCGAGAGCGCAGGCAGGUGGCUUUUGGUGUUCGACAACGCUGAUGACAUCGGCAUGUGGGUUGAUAAGUCCUCGCAGGAGUCCAGUCGCCUGAUUGACUACAUGCCAAAAAGCAUCCAUGGGUCUAUAGUCUUCACAACUCGCGACAAGAAGACGGCUGUGAGACUCGCGGGCCGAAAUGUAGUGGAACUAUCGGAAAUGAACGAAGAGGAUGGCAACAAGCUGUUUGGGAAGCACCUAGUUGACCAGGAUCUUGUGAGUCAAGGAGAUGUAGCUGCCCUACUCAUCCAACUCAUGUACCUCCCACUAGCCAUUGUCCAAGCCGCGGUGUAUAUUAAUACAAACGGAAUUGGCCCGGGAGACUAUCUGUUGCUCCUGGAGGAGCAAGAAGAAGAUGUAAUUGAUCUUCUCAGCGAAGAUUUUGAAGACGAUGGCCGUUAUCACGAUGUGAAGAACCCCAUAGCCACCACUUGGCUUAUCUCCUUUGAGCAAAUAAGGCAUCGCGAUCCCCUUGCAGCAGACUACCUGUCUUUCAUGGCUUGUGUAGAUGCUAAAGAUAUCCCUCAAUCGCUUCUUCCACCGGGUCAAUCGCGGAAGCAAGAGAUAGAAGCUAUGGGGACGCUACAAGGUUACUCAUUCAUAGCCAAGCGAUCUGCAGACUCAGUUGUAACGGUCCAUAGAUUGGUGCACUUGGCAAUGAGAAACUGGCUCCGAAAAGAAGGGUUAUUACCCAACUGGACGAGCAGGACCAUCGCAAGGCUAGCAAAAGAUAUGGGAAACAUUGGCUAUGAUAGAAGGGCGUGGAGACCGUGUAUGCCACAUGCACAUUACGUGCUCGGGUCAACGCUGAUUAGCGAGGAUGAUGAAGGCAGGCUUGAUCUGUUAAGAAAGUAUGGAAAGUGCCUUUAUAACGACGGGCGAUACCAGGAGGCGGAAAUUACAUUCCAACGAGUGAUGGAGAAUCUCAAGAUAAAACUUGGGAUUGAUCACCCGGAGACGCUACGCAGCAUUAGUAACCUAGCAUCGACAUACCGGACGCAAGGUCAAUGGGAAGAGGCUGAAAAGCUGGACGUGCAGGCGGUGGAGGGCCUCAAGAUGAAAAUUGGGGUUGAUCAUCCUGAUACGCUAAUCAGCAUGGGUAACCUAGCAUUAACGUAUGUAAAGCAAGGCCGGUUGAGAGAAGCUGAAAAGCUGCAGCUGCAAGUGAUGGAAGGUCUUAAGAGGAAGCUUGGGGUUGAUCAUGGAGACACAUUAAUUAGUAUGGUUAACUUGGGAUCAACAUACCGGAGGCAAGGUCGAUGGGGAGAAGCCGAGAAGCUGCAAUUGCGGGCGAUCGAGGGUUUUAAGACAAGACAUGGGGUUGAUCACCCUGAUACGCUGAUUGGUAUGAGUAACCUGGCAUCGACAUACCGGAGACAAAGCCGGUGGGAAGAGGCCGAGAAGCUACAGCUGCAACUGGUUGAGACUUGCAAAACGAAGCUUGGAGCUAAUCAUCCAGACACACUGCAUUACAUGAGCAAACUCGCUUUUCUUUGGAAAGACAGGAAUCGCCACGAAGUCGCUCUAGGAUUAAUGCAGACUUGCUACGAUCUGCAGCAACUCACACUGGGCGCAAGUCAUCCAAGAACUAUGGCCACACAAUCGACUCUAAGAGCAUGGCAGAGAGGAGUAAAAUAA